AUGGCUAAGACAUUCUUUAUGGUAGAUGGCGAAUUUCGAGAAUGGUCAACAAUGACGCAGGGUGUAGUGUUAGGCUCAUUUUUCUACGGAUACAUCCUUACGCAGAUACCGGGUGGCUUUCUUGCACAUCAUUAUGGCGGAAAGAAUGUGUUUCUGAUAGGUGUUUUCGGUACCGCCGUUUUCACACUCCUUACCCCACCACUGGCCAAGAUCAGUUAUGGUGUUCUUGUGUUAGCACGUUUUGUUGAAGGAGUCUUUGAGGGUGUCACCUAUCCGGCUAUGCAUGUGAUGUGGGCCCAUUGGGCUCCAGUACUGGAAAAAACGAAACUGGCAACAUUUGCCUUUUCCGGCUCCUACUUCGGUACAGUCAUAUCAAUACCGUUGUCUGCGCUCAUUGGGCAAGCUCUUGGAUGGCCAUUCAUCUUCUAUUUUUUCGGUAAGCUUGAAUACAUUUGGAGGUUUCUCACAAAUAUCCAGUACGCUGUUGAGAUUGGAUUUCAUCGCCUUCUUACGUGA